ACAGAAAUUGGAAAUCUUCGCAAUCUACAAACUUUAGAUGUAAGUUGUAAUCAACUUCAAAGCUUACCGCUUAACAUUGGGCAAAUGGGUUCACUUCAAAGAUUAAACUUAUACAGAAACAAAUUGCAUGAUCUUCCGUCAGAAAUUGGCCAACUUAAGCAAUUAAAAAGUUUAAAUAUAGCGAGUAAUCAAAUACGAAGACUGCCGGAAGAACUUGGAAAUUGUAAUAAAUUAGAUUGUUUAAUUGCCGAAUAUAAUGAUUUGAUACGACUACCAAACAGCAUCAUCAUGCUUUCAAAAUUAGAAUAUCUAUCUGUGUCUGGUAACAAAAUUACCGAAUUGCCUCAUGAUAUGUCAUCUAUGAAAGCAUUAUCAGUUAUUACUAUCGAUAACAAUCAGCUCAGCUACCUACCAGCAGCUAUUGCCAAACUACAGAAUCUUCAA